GAGGUCUGGAAGAGCCCACUGGGCGUAUAUGCAGAACAUCUGCUUCGUUUACUUCCCGUCUGGGAUUGGUGCUCGUUGUUUGCCUCGUUGGUGUUUUUGUGUCCGUGGAGCUCGAGUCUCACUGGUGUCGGUCUCUGCAGGUGGACUGAGCCGUGCGGUGGUGGACCUCCUGGAGCAUUGCCUGGAAUUGCAUGUCUGUGCGAUCAAGUCUGUGUUUUCUGAGGUCGUACAGAAGAACUGAGAAUCCUGUGAGGAGCGACUUGUCUGGACAAGACCAACCAGAGCAAAACCUGCUUCAGCCCCUGCAUACUAUCUAUACAAGACACUCUUCUUUUUCCCUAUGCCAGCUCGUCACCAGGAGGACACCAGUGGUCUCCCAGUAUCCUGUUCCUGUUUCCUGCUUGGACUUUUAGUUUGGAUGGACAUGAAGCUACCAAACCAACCAAAGUCUCUUCAUUUCAACCUGCUCUGCCUCCACGUGUCUGAGCUGUGCUUUAAUGCCUCUGUGAGUGUGCAGCACUGAAGCACAGCGGAUUCAUCAAUAAGAAGCAGCAGCUUCUACCAGAAGAAGAAGUCAGCUGGACGAGUUUAACAAGGAACCACGAUGACGUCAACAGAUAUUUGGAAAACUCUGGAGAACCUGUCAGAGAAACAAUUCAAGGAGUUCAAGUGGUUCCUGAAGCUUGAGGGCAAUGCUGAAGGCUUCUCAGCCAUCCGAGAAGCCGGGCUGGAGAAGGCAGACGGGCAAGACACGGUGGAUCUGAUGGUGCAGAAAUAUGGCUGCUCUAGAGCUCUGGAGAUAACCAUGAGCAUUCUGGAGGAGAUCAACAGGAAUGAUCUGAAGCAGUAUUUGUUGAAAACUAUCAGUUCAAGACGAAAGGACCUCAAGAACCCUGACUAUGUUCCUCUUAAUUGUGAUUAUGGAAAACCGAAGUCCAAGCUUGGGGCGAGAAAGUCUGAAAUUAAGCUGAUGAUCCAGAAGAGACAGAUGAAGAUCUUGGAAAUCAACCGCUCGGCAGAGAUCAGCAGUAAAUCUGCAGACACGCACAUCGUGCACAGCGAGCGAGUCUCGACUGUUUUUCAGCAGUCUGUCAAGAGAAUUAUGGAUGACCUCAUUGAGGCAAUCAAAGAAAAGCAGGAAACGACAAAGAAACUGGCCGAAGGACUCGUCCGAGAGCUGGAGCAGGAAAUCUCUGAGCUGGAGAAAAGAGGCUGCGAGGUGGAGCAGCUCUCACGCAACGCGGACUGCCCUGACUUCCUGCAGAGCUUCUCGGACCUGAAUGCUCCUCCACCCACCAAGAACUGGGCAGAAGUCAGCGUCCCUCUGCCAACAUACGGGGGAAUUAUGGGCACCGCUGUGAAUCAGCUGGAGGAAACCUUCAGAACAGAGAAGGAGGCAUUGCUUUCUAAAGCCAAGUUGGAAAGGGUCCAGCAGUCUGCGAAGGACGUGACUUUGGAUCCCGACACGGCAAACGUCAACCUCAAUUUGUCCGCCGACGGGAAAGAAGUUUACUGCGACGACGCAACGCGAAACCUCCCGGACAUCCCAGAAAGAUUUAAUCUUGCUAUAAAUGUCUUAGGAAAGCAGAGUUUCUCUUCUGGGAGGUUUUACUACGAGGUUCAGGUUAAAGGGAAGACGUCCUGGGAUUUAGGCGUUGUCAAAGAGUCGAUCAACAGGAAGGGGUCGAUCUCGGCGAGCCCCGAGAAGGGCUUCUGGACGAUGUGUUUAAGAGGAGAUCAGCACAUAGCUCAUAAUGUCCACCUCAGUUUAAAACAUCAGCUGGAGAAGGUGGGCGUGUUUGUGGAUUACGAGAAGGCUUCAGUGUCCUUUUAUGACGUAGACUCCGCAGACCUUAUCCACAGCUUCGCUCACUGCUCCUUCACUGGGAAGCUCUUCCCAUUCUUCAGUCCCGGUCUUCAGUGCGGUGGUUCAAACAGCACCCCCCUGAUCAUCUCUCCCGUCAAUGAUUAUAUUUGAUAAAUCAGCUACUUUUGCCAUUUAAGAAACAUCGCAAGUUAUGGCGGUCGUGGCGUCAGAGACUAAACAAGUUAAUGAUCCUACAACCGAGUAGGAGAUCAGGGAAAUGCUUUUGAAACUGUCCCAGAAUGCAUCAGGAUUUGGUUUUAGUCCCCGGAUGUACCGCUAGAUGGCGCCACUUCCUCUUUGAUGAAAUGAAGACGUGUGUUGUCUUGCUCUGCUCCCGGAUCAAGAGUUCUUCCUUUAAAUACAUGUGUUUAUUGUAAUAGUAAAAAUCCCUUCCUUGUAUUUGUCUGUUGGCUUUCAGAGUUAGUGUUGAAGAAAUGAACUAGUUGAACUAGUUAUUGGUCCAACUGGCUUGAAGGCAAACUUCAAACCAAAAACCAGAGGAAACGAGUGAGACGCGUGACCUCUGACCUCCCAGUUUCCCAGGGAAGAAUCUAAUCAUUAUUACUUCAUGUGAGGUUUUCACAGGAGCUUAGACUUUACUAUUUACUUUACUACUAUACAACCAGAGGAGUCACCCCCUGGUGGUCAGUAGAGAGAAUGCAGCUUUAAGGCGCUUCAGCUUUG